AUGCAAUCUGAAGACUUGGUUUGUGAUUCCCAUCUAUCUCUAGAUUAAAAAUCCUCAUUUUCAUGCAAACUAAUCUAUAAUAUCAUAUUUAAGUAUGAAUUAUGAAUUAUUCAUUUUAGAAAAGUUAAGAAGAGUGGUUAGAAUUGGAAGAAUAAUUACAAUGAUUAAUGCUUUUAGUUAAGCUACCUUAUAAAUAAUUAUCACAAAUAAUUUAGAAAAAAUUGCAGUUUGAUUCUUAGUAAUCUGCUAUUAAAUUUGCUAAAUUCUAAGAAUAUUGGAGUAAAGUUAAAUAAUUUGAAUAAUUCAAAGACUAUAAAAGUAUUAUUAUAUUAUAACAACUAUCAAAGUGAAUUAUCCUUAACUGAAGACAGGAACUGAAAAUUGUUGAUUGUAAAAGAAAUCAGCAAUCAAAUAUUUUCUUGCCUACUUUAAAUAAUUUGGAGAAAAUAUUGAACUUAAACAACACCCAUUUAUCUACAUUUAAAAUAAUUAUCAUUAAUUAUCCAGUCAAGAU